CAAACCUGUGUCAACCAAUAGGCUAGAAGAAGAACACCGGUAGGAGUCAAACAGCGUCAACUCACGCCCAUGUCGUUCUCUAACUUCAAGAUGUGCCUCCUGUGAUGGUGAUGCCAGUGGCUUUCCCUCCCAGACUCUGACUCCGUUGCUACACCCAGCAGCACCCUGCCCUGCCCAGCCCUGCAGUUUGUCUUCCCCAGCCCCAGUAUGACCCUCCGCCCUGCCCUCAGCCUCUCUCCAGUCCUGGGGCUGCUCCUCCUCCAGGUCCUGUCCCCUGUUAGUAGCUCCCCCACACCUGGUGUAGCGACCGACCCCACACCCACUAUAGUGGCCAGGCUACCAGUCCAAGGGCCAGACAACUGCACCACAGACCUGUGCACCAAUGAGCACCCAUGUGACUGGCCUCUGUUUUGGAGAAACUCAUCAGUAAGCCUGUGUUAUCUUUUGAAAUGUCCCGUGGUGGACAUUUGUAAAAGGACCACUGUUGAAGACCUACUUGCAAACCAAGCAGUUGGCAGUGGGACUGGAGUAGAGACACCAUCUUCCACCAACAACACCACUUCUUCUCUUUCCCCUUUAAACCCCACCCCCAAACAAAAUGCCACAAUACCCCUCAAGAAUGUAGUCAGCCCCGUUGAAACUCCCUUGACCCAAAUUCAGAAUAUAUCAGGAGGAGUCAACAACCAGGGACCUGAUAUGACUGUUGUUUCCAAUGAAGAUGACACGAAUCCACAGAAUCCUCCACAAGUAAACGCACCAGUAAAUUCACCCGACUCCAUAGCCAAAAACGCCUCCACUGUUGAACUGCCCAGAGGCAACACCACAACAAUGACGGUUGACGUCUCCAAAUCAAAUGUAACUGAUACACAUUCCAUGGCCAUACCAUCAGCAGCCAACACGACUAGAUCCAAUUCAUCAACUACCAGCUCGGCUAUGCCUCCUCCACCAGCAGCAUCAUCACCACCACUACCCGAACAUACCACAACAGUGGGGCAACAAACUGUUCCUGCUACACCAAAGCCAUCUACAACCACAUCAUCUACAACCACUACCACAACAAAGCCAGCAGCAACCACUGACGCUCCAACAACACCUCCACCUGCCGCCACCACGACGACCACCACCACCACUACCACCACCACCACCACUGCUAAAUCUCCUACCACUUUAGUUCCUGCUGCAGAAUUGCCAAAAGACACCACUAGCCCAGCCCCACAACCCUCCGACACCACACAAACCACCACCACCACAACAACAGCUGCUGAGCAGAAGCCAUCGCCAACCACCGCCAGUCCAAAGGUCCCUAAUACACCACCACCGACAUCAUCCUCAUCCUCCUCCCCAACCACCCCCAAACCCCCCCUGGCCAGCUCUCCGGCCACGGCGCCCAAGGGCCCGCCACUGAACAGCACCAACACCGACACGACUGCGGUGAACGUCAGCAGAGCUCUGCGGCUGGUGGACACCAGCUCCCUGCUGGCGGUGCUGCUGUUUGGCCUGCUGUUCUUCGUGGUGACUGUGGUGCUGUUCCUGACACAGGCGUACGAGAGCUACCGCAGGAAAGACUACACGCAGGUGGAUUACCUGAUCAAUGGAAUGUACUCUGACUCAGGGGUCUGAUUGAUUGAUUGAUUGACUGACUGGUUGAUUAUGGGGAAUGCGUUUACACGUUGUGCACUCGAGGGUUGUAAUAACUUGUCUCAGUUUCGAACACGGUCGUCCGCGAUGGAGGAAACAUGACGGUUGGUGAUGGUUUUGUAAUCUAUUCACCUUGGCACGCUUGUCCUUAAAGGUACCAACUUGGAAGAUGUAUUUGAAAGAGAUUUAAUAUUUGCUUUGUAGGGUGGCGUAACACUGUAAUACGAAACGGAAGUAUUAUUGUAAUAAUUUCAGCCUUCGGAGGUAUUUAAACAGGACUGUGGGGGCCAACGUAUGAUGACUGACAUGAUGUAUGAUUUAUUUUUUUACAAUGCGCAUUGUUUUUCUAUGCAGAGGAUGCUUCCACUUUCUACUCAUGGCACAUCGGACUAAAGCCUUAGUAUUGAUCUGAUAUAUAUUUUCUUGAUUGAAUGUCAUUGGAUGAGGUUUGAGUUGCGUCGUGCAAUAUGUAAAGAUUUUGUUUUUGUUUUUUACGCAUCAAUUAAGGUCCAAUUGUUUCUGUGUUUUUCAUUUCACUGCAGAUCAUUUCAUCUUGCACUAUUUUUGUCUUUCUCUUUGUUGUCUAAUUUUGGUUGUUGGUUUGUUUUUGUUUUUCCAAAUGUGUUAUUCAGCGGCCUAUACUACUACAAAGCUGGUUCAGGAGUAAACCAGGUGAAGUUAAGAGGUAAAUCAUCUAAUAGAAGAAUGAGGACUCUUCUAUUAGUUGAUUUACCUCUUAACUUGACCUUAUUUACUCCUGAACCAGCUUUGUAGUAUAGGACACAGUUGACUACUCAAGGAAAACCUAGAUAAUGGAUGCCUUUUGACUCAUUGGCCAUUGCCAUGGUCAUUGCCAUGUUAUUGUUUUUUUCCUGUUUGUUUGUUGUUUACCAUUCCACUCCUUAAAGGAUUCAAGAUUGGAUGCCAAAAUAUAACUCACUGUGGAGCCGAAGCACAUUGUCAUUAAGCUAAGGGAAUCGCGUAGCCAUUAUGAACCACAUUUCUUAGAACGCCAGAGAGUUGAAAAACGUUUGCUUUUCCCAGAUAAAACUUCUGGUUGUUUUUUUGGGGAAACCUUUAUGAGCGGGAGAGAGAGAGGGAGAACAUACAGAGAUACAGGUGUGGUAGCCUGUUAUGUGCCAAGUCUUUCAAGUCUUAAACUAAAUGCACUUCUGCAUAUGAAAUGUACUUUACAAGUAAAUAAUAAAGACAAAAAAUGGCA